CCCUCACCCUCACCCUCAAGCUGUCUUCUUGCUUAUAGCAAUCAACUGAGCUUUUGUUUUCCUCUUUGUGAUUCUACUAGAAGAAGAAGAAGAAGAAAGAAAGAAAGAAAGGAGAUGGCUAGGGUUACAUUAAUGGCUGCUUGUUCUUUGAUGGUUCUGCUUCUGGCUGUUCCUUCUGUGUUUGGAACAGACCAUACUGUUGGUGGCAGCUCUGGAUGGACUCUUGGUGGGAACUAUGACUCUUGGGCUUCUGGACAAACCUUCACUGUUGGUGACAAUCUUGUUUUCACAUAUGACUCCACCCAUGGAGUGGACACAGUCAAUGAGGAUGGCUACAAGAGUUGCAGCACUGCCAAUGCCCUCAAGACCUACACUGGUGGAAACACAAAAAUUGCUUUGACUACACCUGGCAAAAUGUACUUCAUUUGCCCUACUCCAGGCCAUUGCUCUGGUGGCAUGAAGCUUGCCAUCAAUGUGGUCGCCGCCGGCUCCACCCCCACCACACCUGCCCCGUCGGGCUCAAAAUCACCAUCUACUCCAUCCACCACUACUCCAGCAACUGGCUCAUCACCACCCCCACCGGCCGGCAACGGAGCAGUUGGCGGAUUUUUUAGUGCUAAACAAUUGAUGGGAUCAUUGGUUGCAUCAUUGUUGAUCUUGGCCUUCAUGUGCUAGGAAAGAGGCAGUGCUAUUUUUUUCCCCUCUCCUUUUUGUGCUUGUUUUAAUUAUUAUAUGAAGAUGUGAUGGUGAUUUAUGAUCAUCAUGUUCUUGCUUUGUUUUUAAUUUGUGUGAUCUGUAUUCAAUGAGGAAAUUAGAUUUGAUGUUGACAUA